UCGUGAUUGAAUCACAGCCCUAACAGCACUUCAUCAGAGUGAACACAGACUUUGGCAGUGUCAUAUAGAAGAUUGCUUCUGUUUCUGAGAGAGAGGUGAAAAUACAUAUUGAAUGUGGUGUCCCUAGUAUGACAAGUAUAGCCAGGCAGGAUGGAGAUUAAAAGGGGGAAGGCCAUCAGAAAAGGGACCCCCGAGGAAAGAUCUGAACAAGAAGGUGGAUUAGGAUCUCCUGACCGGGUGGCGGGGUCGGGUGAGGUGGCGAAGGCGGACCAGCCGCUGGCACGGCAUCGCAUAGGCUCCAGAAGGGGACUGAGUGAAUAUAAGAGAAACUUCAAAUGGAGAAGCCCGGAAUUUUGUAGCCCGCAGAAAUCCUUGUGGGCAGGACUGCGGUCGGAUCAGUUUGGAAUCACGAGAGAACCAAAAUUCAUUUCCAAGAGAAGGGUACCUUACCAUGAUCCACAGAUUUCGAAGUCCUUUGAAUGGACAGCAGAUUGUGAUUUGAAUGACCCACUUGAACCUGAAGGUGCAGAGUUGCACACAGACCACAACAAUAAUGAUGUGAAUCAUGAAGAAAUUGAAACACUAGAAGGACCCAGACUCCUCCCAAAAGUUCGGUCACAUUUGGUAGAUUCUAGCAGUCAAACAGCUCUUGCCCUUGCAGAGAAUAACAACAUGAAGAAAUCACCCCCUGAAGCUCCACCAAAUCAAAAUGAAGCAUUUUCAUCUCCGAAAAAGGAAUUAGAAAAGUUGAGUAAUGGGCUUCACAGAGCCCUUCAGAGGAAAGCAGACUUGAAUAUUUCACGUUUAAAUACUUUCCCCAGAAAUUCUGAAUAUCAAAGCCAAUUUGUCUGGAAGAGUCCUCAUGAAAAGUCACCAAUACUUGCAGCUGAACAGGUUAUUUGCAACACAAGGAAAUCCACACCUAUGGUUAAAUCUCCUGCAAUUACUUCUGAAGCUGCAUAUGAGAGAAAUUUCAAAGGGUCUCCUGCUGUUAAGGGGCAACAAGAGAGAGGUGUUUCAGAAGAGAAAGAAUUUCCGGUUUCUGAACAAAGUAAGAGGGAAGAACCGAUUCAAAAACCAGCAGAAGAUGCAGCAAAACAAGGGAAAUCAGAACAGAAACAUCCUAAACAAAAAAAUAAGCAACAUAUCAGUCCAAAACCCCUCUCUUUACAUACAAGUCGUGGGAAGAUGAACACUGAAUAUAGGUCAAAAUUUUUGUCACCCGCCCAGUAUUUCUACAAAGAUGGAGUUUGGUCUCGUAUUAGGAGUAAAGUUCACAACCAGGCAUCUCAAAACACCCUAAAUUCCAUGUGGUAUAUGGAGGUGAGAGAACUUCGAGAAAGAGCAAAGACUUACAGGCAACGAGUAGAGGGAACACACUUCUCCCGAUACCAUUUUAAUCAGAUCCUGUCUGAUAAUAACAGUCUCUGGGAUGUGUCCUCAACUUCCAGUUCAGAAGAAGGCAUCAGCAACAACAUCAGAGCACUAGAUCUUGCUGGAGUUUCUGAAAAAGAGGCUGUACCAAGCCCUGGAGGGCUACAGCAACCUGACUCCAGAGAACAACCACGCCAGGACAGCGCUGGAAGGAAAGACACGUCAGAUGCUUUAACUGUUCCAGUCAAAAGACGUUUAGUUUGGGAUGAACAAGAAGGUACUGAAGAAAGGGAAAAAUGUCAAUCAACAGAAGAGGAAGAAAAACAAGAUGAACAGGCUGCAGUUGUGACCCAGCAGUUAGAGGAAAACAAUAAGGAUGCUGAAGAAGAUACAAAAAUGGAAGGCACUAAUCAAAGUGAGAAUUUAGAAUUGAAUACUUCUGCAACUGUGUCAGAUUCUUCUGUAUCCUCAAGGACUGGUGGCAGGCUUCCUACUCCAAAGCUGAGAGCUCUUGGUGGAACUCAGAGGACUCAUCAUGAUCGCACUACCCCAACUGUUGGAGGUACAGUUUUAGUGUCUCCUCCUAAAGUCAAGUCUUCACCUUCACCACAGAGAAAACGAGACUUAGGAACAGACCCUUCAAAAAGAAGGUCCUUCCGGCCUGAUGAGAAAAUGAAAACUGUUACACUGUUUAACUCUCCACCUGCUGGGCUGAGAACUGUGGAUCCUCUACCACUUAGGCAGGAUCCAUGGCCUCCUAACAGGGUUGCUGAUGAGCAAGUUCCUCUUGCUUCUGCCCAUCAAGACCAUUCCUCUGCAACUUCUGUGCUGAAGUCAGCAAAAAGCUCCUCUGUGCCUUGGUGGAGUCCCUCUCAUCGUAUUCAAGGGACUCUCAAGGAUCCAGAAUUCCAGCAUAAUGGGAAUCUUGGCAAUCCAAAAAUGAGAACUUUCCAGUUGCCCCUUCGGGAAAGAAACUGUAACGAUGAAGAUGACAGGUUGUCUCAGAUUUCUGCUCGCUCGGCAGCAUCCAGCUCUCUUGCAUCUCAGAUACUGGAACGAGCUCAGAAGAGGAAGGAUUUCUGGAGCAAGACAUAGUGUCUCCCACCUGUUGUGUAGCAACUAUUCUGUAAAACGAUUUAUCUUUUAUAGUUUGUAGGGUACAUUUAAAAAAAAAUUGUGGUUGUGGAUCACAUGGUAAUGCUGCAUUCUUUCACUUAACCUCUGAUAAGGCCCCAGUUUUAGGACUUGCCAUCCUGACUGAAAAUUAAAUAUUUAAACUGGUGUUGAAAAUGAACGUCCUUUAUAUGUGAGAGUUUGGUCUUAAUUCACUAUGUCUCUACAGC